UAGAAUGCUCACUAAAAACGACGCGAGGAAUUAAGUGAUGUCAAGUUCAGUGUUCAAAGUGUACGACUCUUCAAGUCGCGAUGGGUUCGGAAGCGAUGCCGGUGCAAGCGGCACUAUUGGCGCGAAGGACGGUGGCUUGAGCAACUCUUGUGCCGUUCACGAAGAUCUUAAGCUCGAUUCCAACCUGGUCAUUGUGGUCAACAAGGAUGGAUUUGUUUCGGUGGAUCAAGUCACGCUGCAGAGUCUCUUAGCCAACGAAACGAACGAUACGUCGGUCAGCGUGGUUCGCAUUUCAUCACCGACGCCAAGCAUCGAGGAGGAAAUUGAAGAAGAGCAACGGCUUCUGAAGGAAGCGAAACAAAAGCUAGACGCCGAUGCGGAUGGUGCCAGCUCAAAUGAAGAUUCGAACGAGGACAGUAAUUCCGUAGCUGGCACUAGUUCCGCUACGUCAAGUGUUGCCGGCAUACCAACGCGGCGUGGUCGUCCUGCUGGGGGUAAGAAAAGCUCCGGCACAAUGCUGUUGGGAGAGGAGGAUGAUCCGAAGCACGUAAGCCUCACGAUUGAAGCUUACUAUUCACCAAGCGAAGCGUCCAGCUUUGCUGCCCAAGUCCUCAGCUUAACCGGGUACGAACAUCCGCUGCGCAAGGAAGCGGUGGAUAUCGAAUACCUGAAGCAGAUCGUUGCAAACGAUCAUUGCUACACUCCACUUUCUUCCCCUACGCAAAAACUACCGCCCAGAACCGUGCUGGAUGAUAUUGAUUCUUCGGAGGAAUCCGCGAUAUGCACGACAAACAAACCAAGCUCUGCCAUUGGGAAGCUUACUGCCGUUCGAAAAGGAAUCGAUGUGAAGCUGAAUAAAACUGGUCCAUCAGCGGCAUCAAGUACGGCUGCGAUAUUACAGAACAAAGCGAAAAAACCUGUAACCAGCUCGGCUACCGUAACACCGGACCAAAAAAGCGUAACCAAACCCGGUAAACCCGUUGCAAAACCAGAAAUUGACGAUGAAGAUGACGACGAUGAUUUCGAUUCGGAUUACUCGGAAGAAGAGUCUUCCUAUUCAGAGGAAGAUGACGAGAUGGAUGUCGAUUUUAGUGUCAGUGGACGUACGGCGAGUAAGAAACGGAAGCAAACGGUAAAACCUAAAAUAUCUCCAAAGACAUUACAACGAGUGCAGUAUAGAAAAUCAGAUGUGAGGGAGCAUCCGGAGCAACUCGCCAGCAAGGAAGGAGAUAAACAAAAACCGAGUAAAAUUGCGAUCAAAUCUGCAAAUCCUACCAUCGUAAAGACAUUACUGCAAAGGGCAACAUUAAGUAAGGGAGAGCAACCCGGUAAAGGAACACCAGCGAAAAAGGACAUUGUGAAAGUUUACCCAGGCUCCUCAUCCUCGUCAGGAUCAUCGACGCCGACAAACGUAAGCAGCAAACAUCCGUUACAGAGUGUAGUGUUGGAAAAAGUUGUGGCCAAACCCGACUCUAGCCAACCGAAAGCUUCCGCAUCGACGUCGAACGUCCCGACGACAGUUUCAACGACCGUAUCAGGUACUUUGUCGGUGCCUAAAAAAGAAAAGAAACCGAAAACCAAUCUACAUGAUGCGGUACUAUUUAGUGACAUGUCGGCUCUGUUUUCCACUCCGGAUAUAAUCAAGAAGGUUAAUGCUAGUAAAGGUACCACUCCGACAAGCACUUCUCCUGGUGGGCCUUUGAUCAUCAGUACCGGCCAACAGAGUACAGCACCAUUAAAACCGCAAACUUUGCCGAAACCUAGCGAGCAGAAACAUACCGUGGCACCAUUACCAGUAACUCCAACGACUGUUGCCCAUACAUUGCCCGUGAAAGAACAACGAUUACAAGUAGUCGAUACGAUAGUGCAGAAAGAUUUGCGCCAAUCCGUGCCCGUCGCACCGAUUGCCAAGACUGGUAGCGCUGAACAACUGCAAGAACAACAGCAUCCAUCUACAGAAAUUCCUGGCAUUGUAAAAAUCUUGGAACAAACAUCCGCCAGUACGGUCGAACCGAGUGGAUCAAUGUUAACUGUUCCGUUGCUGCCUGAGUUGAAACCGAUACAACCGGUCGCACCUAUGGCGAAUCUUUUGCCCGAUACUAGCAUCCUAGAGGCGCUCAAUAGCAAUGAUGAUGCACUGCCGGAAGAGUUACUAGAGCAUGUUGCAGAACUGGCGAAAAACAAGGAACUACAGGAAAUACUUGACAAGCAAGUACUCGGAGUAAUCGGUACGGAAGGAUUAGGACUCGUACCUCCGGUUAUCCCUAUGGCUGAUGCUGGUGUGACGCAUCUCAUGCCAGAACAACCUACGGUAGUACAGGAAGCUUCCGCAAGUAUCACGCCCACCACCUCUUUCCCAGUAGUUCCGCCGAUGCAAAAUGUUGCUCCUGAUGCAUCCUUGCCAUUGAAUUCCACCGAACCCGUAUCGCAACAGCCGGCGACUAAAGAGCAAACUGUACCCCGGAAGGAUGCGAUACAAAUCCGUCGCAGUGAUGGGCGCUUAAUAACGCUACCACCGAUAGAAGCACCUGCCACACGUGCCUCGAAGCGACGGGCACAAGUAAGCGAUACACCUAAUACACCGUCAACGGUUCGCAAAUCAAUCGAUCAAUCACCGAUCGCCGUCACCGUUGUAGCGGGCUCGGAAACAAUGGCUCCGGAAACUCCGAAAUCAUCAAGACGACCAUCUGUAAAAAUCGGAAAUACUCCAGCAACAUCCUCAUCGCGGCCUAUGACACCUGCCGGGUUGGUCGAAACGGUUGGUACGAACGAUCAAGCCGAACAGCAAACAGUUGACGACGCAACGAAACUGAAACGCAUCAACAAACCCCGCCAGUCAAUCGAUAGUACUCGUGCUAAGAGAGUAAGCUCAACAAAUGUGGCCAUCGUCAUCGAAGCUGCACAGGAUGAUGAUUACGAAUCGGAUGAAAGCUGGAAUUCGGAGGACGAUCCGGAUCGGCUUUGGUGCAUAUGCAGACAGCCGCACAACAAUCGCUUUAUGAUAUGCUGUGAUUCGUGCGAAGAUUGGUUCCACGGGAAGUGUGUCAACAUAACCAAAGCGAUGGGACAGCAGAUGGAGCAGGACGGUAUUGAAUGGACUUGUCCAAACUGUUUGAAGAAGAAACAAGAUCGUCAGCAACCAAAGUUAAUGGCAUUUUGGCAAAAGGCUACCGACGCUGGAACUACCGAUACAACAACCCCAUCCUCGAAAACUCCACAGCCUAGUGCUAGCACAUCUUCGACAGUGGCGACUGGCAGUGGCGAUGUGCCCAAGUGUGUCGUUUGCAAUAAGCAAGCUAAACCAAGCUCGAUUUACUGUAGUGAUGAUUGCAUUCGGAAGCAUGCGUCGAAUACUGUUGCCAAUUCUAUGCCCGCUUCCAAGACAGAGAAGCCGAAGGAGCGUCCCAGUGUUCCGUCGACAUCCGUGUCAGUGGCCGCUGGGGUGGCUGAUAUAACGAACGACAGUCAAAUUGUGAUUGUAAUGGAGCGAAAAACGGGCCGUUGUUUAACGGGGAAAAAUGCACCUCGAGUAGAAAACCUCAAGAGCUGGCUGCAGGCUCAUCCAACGUUCGAACUCGUUCCGCCCACCUCGCAGCAGGGUCAAAUUAUCCUUAAAAAGCAGGCCGAAAUGCGCAAACAGCAGCUCGACAAGGAAGCGGCAGAAAAGAAAGCUUCGUCAUCCGCGAACAUCGUAACUACAUCCUCCGGUGGAGUAGGUGCGUCAUCAUCGCCCAAAGUUCAAACUCAGCUCAAAUUUAAUGAGCAGAAAAAGAUAGUCAUAUCGACACCAGCAUCGGGUUCGACAACAACGACUACCAAUAAAUCACAAAAUACACCCAAAACUCUCUCCACACCAAGCAGUAAGCAAGUUGGACAGAAAUCAUCUCUGUCUGCUAGCAGUACUACUUCUCCGGGUUUGCUUGCUAAAGGUGCCGGUACACCAGGAGCUAGAGCUGUAUCUAGUUCUGCGAAUCAACAGAAGCUAAGUGUGGUAUUACCGGGAAGCAGCAGUAGUGGCAGCACACCGACGACAUCUACCACACCAGUAAAUUCAACGAGCAGCAAUAACAAACAGAGAAAACCGACUCAAACGCCUUCGCCCGCCUCAGAUCAAGCGAAACAGUCCCGAAGUUCCAAAUCGUCAACUACUUCCGCCGGUGAAAACAUUCGUGUGACCGUCAAAAAAACAUUAAAGGAACAUCUGAUGCAACGUACCGCUGAACUGCAAGAUGAUAGCACAUUUAAUCGACUCACAGAAGAAGAGAUUGACGGUUUCGUAAACGACACCGAGCAUCAAAUGUUUAUGCUUUUCAACAAAGACACCGGAAUGAAGUACCGCGCUAAGUACCGAUCGUUGGUGUUCAACAUAAAGGAUCGCAAGAAUUUAUCGUUGUUCCAGAAAAUAUCGGAAAAACUGAUAGAACCAAAGCAAUUGGUUCGUAUGACGGCCGACGAGUUGGCUAGCCAGGAAUUGGCGCAAUGGCGAGAAAAGGAAGCCAAACAUCAGCUGGAGAUGAUAAAGAAAUCGGAACUUGAUUUGCUUGCUUGUGCGAAGAACUAUGUACUGAAGACACAUAAAGGCGAAGAAGUGAUCGAAGGCAAAACGGACGAACGUGUACAGCUGGAUCCGUCCGCACCCGUUGAGGAUGUGGUCUUGCUGUUAAACAAUUCGGCCGUCAGUAGUACCAGUGAGCUGGAGGACACAUCGUCCUCAUUUAUGGAAGGUUCGCAUCGUUCGAAAGAUUACGAUUAUGGCGUGUAUGGUAAAUCAUACUCCGGAAUGUAUGGCAGUGGAUCAAUAUCUAGCAGCAGCAGCUCAACAUUGCUCGCCGGCGGAAAGCUGGACGGCGGCCACGCGUCUGGUGGUGGUGCUGGUUCAUCAUCAUCUUCGUCGCGCAAAAAGGAAUCUCGUCGAAGUAGUCGCAGUCGCAGCCGGGGAAGAAAGCAUGAACGCGAUCGUUCGCGAGAUCGGAGUCGUUCGAAGCACAAGCGAAAGCGUAGUCGUGAACGCAGUCAUGAAAGACAUUCUAGCCGGGAUCGUGAUCGGGAGCGGGACCGAGACCGUGACCGAGAGCGCGAUCGUGAACGAGAUCGAGAACGGCAUCACAAGGGACGCGAACGUAGUAAAGAUCGCUCGAAGCAUGAAGCGAAAAGCUCGCGGGAUAAAGAAUUAUCUUCAAAAAGUUCGUCUGAUAAACGUAGAUCUUCGACGGCCAGCCGUGGCCCGGAAGGCUCCGAUCCAAAUACAACUAAAGAUGUUCUCGAAUCGGAACGGAAGACUAGUAAAACCAGUGAAGCCCAAAGUAAACCAACUACGGGAUCGUCGAAAAAACGGGUAGAUGUUGCAAAAGAUACAACAAAGCCAUCAGCAACUGAAACAAUCAGUGAUAAGGAAACAGAAGCCAAGGAUACAAAGAUCCCAGAAGGAGAUCAACCGAGCGACGGUACCGUGUUGGAAAAGCAAGCAUCGGAAAAGAUUGAUGAUGGUACGACUGUGUCGACGAUAGCAGCAGAUAUUCCUAGCAAAGACACGAAACCAGACCAAGAUCAGGAACCGUCAAGUACGGUAACAAUCCCAACACCGCCCCACUAUCCUUUCGAUGGCCAAUCGGCAGAGGAGACGAACAGCGAAGUGGUUGAUCCACAAAAGCUUGAAGCAGAAAAGAACCAUUGGACCGGUAGUGUGCAUAUGAUCGACGUGGCAAGCAUCGAAAUGUCAAUACGCGCGGUGAGCGGUGAAAUCCACGAUGUGGUUAAAAACUUUACGGAAGACCUGAACAUCUGCGGUACCAUCAAGCCGGAAAUAGUGUGGGAGUACAUUGGGCAGAUAAAGAAAAGCCCGAACAAGGAAGUUUGCUUGGUGCGAUUCCAUUCGAAGGAAGCUAGCGCCUAUUACACGCUGUACAACCAUUUGCACUCACGCAAACGGUACAGUGUUGUGAAGUCACCGUCAGCUUCCAUAAAGGAUUUUUACAUCUUUCCCCUGCCGGCAGAUCAAAUGAUACCGAUGAUUCUGAAGCCGCUCAGGGGCAUCGGUAUUAUAGAAGGAGAUAAUAAGCCGAAUCUAUUGUUGGGCAUACUGGUGAAGAUUAAGGGUGGUAAGCGCCCAUCGUCAUCGUCAAAUGCAACGAGUGGCUCCACUGCUCCACCAAAGAUUGUACGACAUCAGUCGAGAAGCACAAAUAGUGCAGGAGGUGAAAAGGCGAACAUUGCUGCUGCCGCAGCUGCUGGUGGUACAUCAGCUUCUGGCAAAUCCGAUCUAAUGCAACAAGUUAUCACAAAAUACGCCUCUAAAGAAUCCCCCAACGAAGUUAGUAAGGGGCCUACCAAAUCUACCGGAUCGGAGAGUGGGUUGAAGCUCGAUACGACGGUAUUGCGUGUUGAAACGAAAGCUAGAGCAGGAUCUUCCGAAACAAAUACUCCAGAUACGCCGAUAAACGAUCCAAUGGAUGUGGAUGUGGAUAUGGAUAUUAUUAAGGCACCAAUCGCAGGAAAAGUAACCGUGUCCGCAGAAGGAAACAGCAACAGUAGCAGCACAGUUGCAAUGGGUCGUGUGCCGGAAACUAGUUCGAUGCUGCUCGACGACGAUGAUGAUGAACCGUACUCACCCGGUGGCGGUAGUGAUGACAGUAAUUUUGCCGAUGUAACCGCUAUCGUCGAUACGUCCAAAGUGCAGCGUCCCAGGGGCACCACCGAGCAUGGCGAUGAUCCGGACGAAGAACGGAUGCGGAUGGCAAUGGAUGAGUUGAACAGAAAAAUUGCCGAACAAAAGAACGAAAUCGUAGGUCUGAUCAGCAUGGGCGAUUUCAAAGAGGAGGAGAUUAAUUCCACAUUACCCCCAUCCUUAAUCAACGAAAUACCCAUACCACCAAAUUUGUCACAAAUUCUGGCCAGUAUUAAGGGUGGUAGCGGCGGGACUGUGGGGGUUGUUGCUGGUGGUGGUGUGGCCGCACCAGAACAUGUUGGUGAAAUUUCUUCAGGAUCAUCCUCUAGUGGAAUGUUAGGUAGCGCUCCAGUAGUGGAACCAAUGUCGGCUAUUAUAAAUCGACCUUCCGAAACGCAAGAGGAUGAAGAAGAGUACAAUCCGACGACACCGGCACUGUACGGUUCGUACAAAGCAGGACCCUCGAUUCCAUACGCCGCUAUACCCGUUGUCAACAGUCAAGGUGAUAUUGAUGAGCGCAUUCUACCAGGAGCGUUACUACCACCGACCGUAACGACACAAAACGUUGCCGCGUUCGAUCCGCUGGCAACACUGGCAACUCCCGCAGUUGUGCUGGCCAACCUUGCGGCUUCCUUGCCAUCGGUCGCUGUUUCCUCUCUACCGGGCGCUGCGUCAAAUGCAGGUGAAGGCGAGAGUCGUUUAGCGAAGCUUACCGACGAAGAAUUACUUAGCAUGGUACCGGACGAUGCAAUAUUACCCGAUUCUUCGUCGAAAGAUGCGUAAACAUAUGAA